CUUUUGGAGGCCUAACGCAGUUUUUCCAGACCCUGAAAAGCAUUUCGUCAUAGGACAAGCAGCAAAUUACAUCUCGUUGUGUUAAUGAUUUAACAGCGUAUUUGUGCAGGUAUUUGUGUCAGAGUGCCACAGCACUGAGCGUGAUAUUCAACACGCUGGGGCCACUCAUUCUCGGGAAAUCCUGCUCUUGAGGUUUCGAAGAUGUUGAGUUAUCUGCCCUUUUUAUCAACGCAGACGUGGACACUGCUUCUGCUAUUCCUGGGCCUGCUUGUGGUAUACGGAUACUGGCCAUAUGGAGUCUUCAAGAAGUUGGGGAUACCCGGUCCAAAGCCCGUGCUAUUUUUUGGAAAUAUGCUGAACUACACAAAGGGAUUCCACAAUUUUGAUUUGGAGUGUUUCCAGAAGUAUGGCAAGAUGUGGGGAAUUUAUGAAGGCCGGCAGCCUAUUAUUUUCAUCACCGACACAGAGUUGAUCAAAACCAUACUCGUCAAGGAGUGCUACUCGAUUUUCACCAAUAGACGGGAUAUUGGCCUCAAUGGACCCCUGCACGAUGCUGUGUCCGUUGCUGAGGAUGAAGACUGGAAAAGGAUUCGUAGUGUGCUGUCUCCAUCUUUCACCAGUGGCCGCUUGAAGGAGAUGUUUGGGAUCAUGAAGACGCACUCGCGCAACCUGGUGAACAGCAUGAAGAAGGAUGCAGAUCUGGCCAAGGCAUCAGACACUAAAGAGUACUUUGGGGCUUACAGCAUGGAUGUGGUGACCAGCACAGCUUUCAGUGUGGAUAUCGACUCCCUCAACAACCCUAAAGACCCCUUUGUCACCAACAUCAAGAAAAUGCUGAAGUUUGACUUUUUGAACCCCCUCUUCCUGAUAGUGGCUUUCUUCCCCUUCAUGACACCCAUCUUGGAGAAAAUGAACUUUGCAUUUUUCCCCAUUUCUGUGACGGACUUCUUCUACGCUGCACUGCAGACCAUUAAGGCUGAGAGGGUGACCAACUCUAGCAAGAACCGAGUGGACUUUUUACAGCUGAUGGUGGACUCCCAGGCUCCACAGAAAGAGGAAAAUGGAAGUGGGGAUGGCACUAACAAAGGACUGAGUGACCAUGAGAUUCUGUCUCAAGCAAUGAUCUUCAUCUUUGCCGGCUACGAGACAAGCAGUGCAACUAUGAAUUUCCUGUUCUACCUUCUGGCCACAAACCCAGAUACCCUGAAGAUUCUCCACGAUGAGAUUGAUGAAGUUUUCCCAGACAAGGCUGAAGUCCAGUAUGAAGCUCUGAUGCAGAUGGAGUAUCUGGACUGCGUGAUCAACGAGACGCUGCGCCUGUAUCCUCCUGCUGCUCGCCUCGAGAGGGUCUGCAAGAAGACGGUAGAGAUCAGCGGUGUCAUCUACCCCAAGGGAAUCGUUGUUACGGUGCCCACAUAUGCCCUUCACAGAGACCCAGAACUCUGGACAGAACCUGAGAACUUCAAACCAGAGAGGUUCAAUAAGGAGAACAAGGAGACCAUUAAUCCGUACUCGUACAUGCCGUUCGGAAUGGGCCCCAGGAACUGCAUCGGGAUGCGCUUCGCUCUCAUCAGCAUAAAGCUGGCCAUCGUGGAGCUGCUGCAGCGGUUUACCAUCACUACCUGUGCUGAGACCGAGAUUCCACUGGAGUUGGACUCCUUGGGUCUAUUGGCUCCAAUGAGACCCAUCAAGCUGCAGCUGGUCCCUCGGUCGUCUGGGGCGCAGCUGAACCCCGGAGGCUGAACGACCACAUGCACCGGACGUCCCAUCACACCUGUCAGUGCUGCCGUCAGUUGAUUCACCCAAAUGGAAAAACUGAAACAGUGGUUUCACACACAUAAUUAGGGCCCCUUUGAUAUGCAGUAACAUAUAAAAAGUAUAUGUUUUAUAUAUGACCUACCUUGCACUUUGGAGGGCAUAAUGCCAUUUUAGUAUGAAAUCUAUAUGUAACCUCUUUACCACUAAUUUACAUGGACUUAUCUUAGCAGAUGUUGCUUACAGAACUCUAGCUAUCUCAUCUCUAACUAACUCAUCAAACAUGAUUGAAUGAUCUAACCUUUGCUCUGAUCUUGUGGGUUAAUAAUGUCCUCACCCCCAUGGAAGGCUCAUCAAGGCACUUAUGAUUUUUUUGGUUAAUUUUAAUUUGUUCAUUUGGUUAGUUCUUUUGUGAAAUAAACAGCCUUUUUUCCUCA